AUGGAAAAUUUAAUUGAAGGCGAGAAAAUCACCACCAUCCUGAAGGCCGCCAAUGUUGAAGUUGAACCCUACUGGCCCGGUCUAUUUGCCAAGGCUUUGGAAGGUAUCAAUGUUAAGGACUUGAUCACCAACAUUGGCUCCGGUGUCGGUGCUGCUGCCCCAGCUGGCGGUGCAGCCCCUGCUGGUGGAGAUGCUGCACCAGCUGAGGCCAAAAAGGAAGAGAAGAAGAAGGAGGAAGAACCAGAGGAAUCCGACGAUGAUAUGGGCUUCGGUCUCUUCGAUUAAGUCUAAACGUUUUAUCGUUUUUAUAAAACUUUUGAUGUGUCUUUUUGACGAAGUAUAAAGAAAGCUUGUAUACUACGUAUACAAAACGUGAAUGAAAAUUUGUAUAUUGUA